CUUCACAUCCUUAAAAAAACCAGAAUCUAGAAAAACAUUAAACAUCGACCUACAAAUAAACAAACAGGUCCAUUGUUGUUGAGUGUUUGUUCAAUUCUUCUAUCUCACAUAAACCAAAUUCAAUUUUCUUCUUCCAAUCCAAUCCCAUUCUUUUAUUCACUUUCACAAAGCAACAAAACAAUCACAAUCCUUCACCACUGACACCUAUUCCUUACUUAUAUCACUAACAAUCACACUCCACAGAAUUUUCAAUUCUAAAAAAAAGUUAUCUUUUUGACCAAAACCCAGAUUUUUGGUCAACAUGGAGAUCGAUGAAGCGAUUAGAGGGUGUGAAGAUCGAAGACUUCAGACCAAGUAUAACAAUGCUACUUAUGUUAUUCAGAGAGCUUUGUCUUUGUAUUCUAUUGAGGAGGUUGCCUUCAGUUUCAAUGGUGGAAAGGAUUCAACGGUUUUGUUACACCUACUCAGGGCUGGCUAUUUCUUGCAUAAAACGGGGCAAAAUAGUGCCAAUGGAGAUGUAAAAGAUUUCCCAAUUCGAACAAUAUAUUUUGAAAGUCCCUGUGCUUUCCCGGAAAUCAACUCAUUUACCUAUGAUAUCGCUGCCACCUAUGGUUUGCAAAUUGACACCAUCCGCUUAGAUUUCAAGUCUGGUUUGGAGACUUUGCUGAAAGAUAAGCCAAUUCGAGCUAUUUUUCUUGGAGUUCGAAUCGGAGACCCUACUGCGGUUGGCCAAGAACAGUUCUCCCCCAGUUCACCUGGUUGGCCACCUUUCAUGAGAGUCAAUCCCAUUUUAGAUUGGUCAUACAGAGACAUCUGGGCCUUCCUUUUAACUUGCGAGAUGAAAUAUUGCAGCCUCUAUGAUCAAGGUUAUACUUCAAUUGGGAGCAUAUAUGACACAGUUCCCAACUCCUUACUAUCCAUUAGUAAUAAAACCAAUAAAUUCAAACCAGCAUAUUUACUUGCUGAUGGAAGAUUAGAGAGGGCUGGGAGGGUUAAAAGAAAAUCUUCUUCUGGUGGACAACUUACUGCUGAUAGCAAUGGCUUGGAUUUGCAUAAAAACAGCACACUCACAGCAUCAAUCAUUGCUGUCGGGGAUGAGAUUCUGUUUGGCAUUGUUGAGGAUCAGUUGGGACCAUAUCUAUGUAGGAAGCUGCAUUCAGUUGGUUGGUCUGUGUUGCAACAUUCUGUAGUACACAAUAAUAUAGAUUCCGUGGCAGAAGAAGUUGAGCGACAGAAAUCUAGAACCGAUAUGGUAUUUAUAUAUGGAGGUGUUGGUCCACUGCAUUCAGAUGUUACCUUAGCAGGCAUUGCAAAAGCCUUUGAUGUUCGUUUGGCCCCAGAUGAAGAAUUUGAAGAAUAUCUACGGAAGAUUAUUGGUGAUCAAUGUAUUGGUGAUAGGAAUGAGAUGGCUCAAUUGCCCGAGGGCAUAACUGAAUUACUGCAUCAUGACAGUUUGACUGUACCCUUGAUGAAGUGCCAAAAUGUAAUAAUUCUCAGUGCGACGGAUAUUUCGGAGAUGGAAAAGCAAUGGGACUGUUUGAUUGAAUUAACGAAGUCUAGUGACCUACUAACAUUGCUGGAACCAUUCAUAUCAAAGCAUGUGACAACUAAUUUAUCAGAUGUUGAAAUAGCUCAACCUCUGUCAAAGCUUUGUCUUGAAUUUCCAGACCUUUGUAUUGGAUGUUACCGCAAAGCAAGAUAUGGAUCUGUCAUAAUAAGUUUCAAAGGAAAGGACCCUGCACGCCUUGAAUCGGCCAUAGAAGCAUUACAAAAGAAGUUUACUUCUGGUGCUUUUGUGGAGAUGAAGUAGUAUGAUUGAUAUCUGCAUGCCAUGGUCCAUUUCUAAAUCUUUUAUGGACAGAGAUCAAUAUCAUUAUCAUAUUAUCAACAAAUAUAAGAUGCAUUGAGCUAACAAUGGACAAGGAAGACAAUCAAAGGUGCUGCUAUCAUUAUAAAAGGAAGAGCAAUGGAACAAACCAGUGGCUGAAGCUUCAAUAUUCACAACACUUUUUUCUCCUCAGGGAGCUUGAUUAUUAUUGGUUGAUGAUUACUAUCUCAAUUUACAGCAGUUUACAAAUAUAUACAUAAUUUUUACUGAAAACCUUCCAGUUAAACCUUUCAAGUUAGCAUGCAUUAUUUGCACUAUCAGGUUUAUGGCUACUAUUUACCUGAUUUUGAUGUUGAUUGAAAAUAUACUAGCUCUCUAGUAUGCCAUUUAAUGUAUGAACCGCUUACCAUUUUUUUUUUAACUAUUCAUUACUGAGGUAUGGUUUGCCCCAA